AUCUGUGUCUGGUUAGGCAUAGGGGUGAACUACCACAAGGACAUUUGUCCUAAGCUUCUUUUCUCUCUUCAAGAAACUUUAGAUUUCUUCAUCAGUUUUAAAAUGUCUAUGGAGAAUAUGAUAAGUCUCUUGGAAAUGAGUUCUAGAGUUCUGGUCUUCCUCCUGCUUGUUUCCACUCGGAUUCUGGCUAUAUUUGCAGUCACAUAUAGUGGUGAUCUUGCUGCUCUAAUUGCUCUCAAAGCUACCUGGAAAAACCUGCCGCCAAACUGGGUGGGUGGUGACCCUUGUGGCAGCAAGUGGGAUGGUAUUAAUUGCACAGAUACACGUGUGACAUCUUUAAUGUUGGCAGGCACGGGCUUGGAAGGUAGCGAGUUCAGUGAUAUUUCAUCAUUGACUGGAUUACAGUUUUUGGAUCUUUCCAAUAACAUUGGUCUGAAAGGGGUUCUUCCAUCUUCUAUAGGGAACUUGAAGAACCUUACGGUUUUGAUUUUGAUCGGCUGCAGCUUUUUCGGUCCUAUUCCCGAUUCAAUAGGAUCUCUCCAGCAGCUUGUAUACAUAUCUUUAAACUCUAAUAGCUUUAGUGGGUCAAUUCCACCUUCCAUUGGCAAUUUAUCUCAGCUGUCUUGGCUGGAUCUUAGUAUGAACAAGCUUAAUGGCACAAUCCCUGUCUCUACUGAAACUGCACCUGGUCUGGAUCUGCUACUUCGAGCUAGACACUUCCAUUUCUCAAAUAAUCAGCUUUCUGGCUCGAUCCCUGAUCAACUAUUCAGUUCAAAUAUGAACCUGGUACACGUGAUAUUUGACAACAACAAACUUACAGGGAACUUACCCUUUUCUCUCGGAUAUGUUCAGACAUUGUUGGUCGUACGCUUUGACUGGAAUUCUCUUGAUGGACCUAUCCCUCCAAAUCUCAGUAACCUUACAAGUCUAAAUGAGCUGUACUUGUCCAAUAACAAUUUCAAUGGAAAUAUUCCCAACCUCACAGGCAUGCACUCCCUAUACUACGUGGACAUGAGCAAUAAUAGUUUCAAAGCAUCAGGAGUUCCGAAAUGGUUCUCAAGCCUCCAGUCUUUGACAACAUUAAUAAUGGGCAAUACAAGACUUCAAGGACAAAUUCCAGUUGACAUCUUCAGACUUCCUCAAUUGGAGACUGUGGUGCUCAGCAACAACAAUUUAAGUGGAAUCUUGGAUAUUGGUAAUAGCUACAGCAGUAACUUGACAGUUGAUUUGCAGAAUAAUUCCAUCACUGACUUUCAGCAAAAAUCAGAUUACAACUUGCAGCUAACACUUGUUCAAAACCCUGUUUGCAACACAAACGGAGCAAAUGCAAAAUUUUGUUCUGUUCAGAGGCGUAGCAACGAUCUUUUGCCAUCAAAUAGAUGUGGAGUAAUGUCCUGCGGUUCACAUGAAAUAUUGAGUCCUAAUUGCCAGUGCUCACAUCCAUACACUGGAACUCUGCACUUCUAUUCUUUUUCCUUCACGGAUAUGCAAAAUUUAACAUAUUACCGCAUCCUUAGUAGGUCUCUGAUGACUGCUUUUCGCUCCAGUGGGAUUCCAGUUGAUUCAGUCAACCUUAGUAGUCCAAUGAUAGACAUUUACCUACAGUUCCAACUGCAAAUAUUUCCUUCUGGCGAAGAUUCAUUCAAUCGGACAUCAAUUUCUGAUAUGGGCUUCCUACUCAACCGCCAACCCUUUGAGAUCCAAUAUUUUGGACCAUUUUUCUUCAUUGAUGAACAAUAUUGUUGUCUCCCAGGAUCAAAAAAGCCAUCCCAUGUUGGCAUUAUUGUUGGAGUAGCAGUUGGUGGUUCGAUUCUUGUGCUCCUUAUAGUCUUGGCUGGAAUUUAUGCUCUUCGUCAGAGGAAAAAGGCGAGAAGAGCUAUGGAAAUGAGCAAUCCAUUUGCUUCCUGGAACCCUGAAAAAGGGAGCGGUUCCGUCCCGCAGCUUCAGGGAGCAAAAUGGUUCUCCUUUGAAGAUCUGAAGAAAUGCACCAACAACUUUUCAGAAUCAAAUUGCAUUGGUUCUGGAGGAUAUGGAAAGGUUUAUAAGGGAACUGUUGCUUCUACACAAGUAGUAGCUAUAAAGCGAGCUCAACAAGGAUCAAUGCAGGGAGCGACUGAGUUCAAAACAGAGAUUGAGCUUUUGUCAAGGAUUCAUCAUAAGAAUGUCGUCAGCCUUGUGGGAUUCUGUUACGAGCUGGGGGAACAAAUGUUGGUCUAUGAGUAUAUAUCUAAUGGUACACUUAGGGAUUGUCUCUCAGGGAAGUCAGGAUUCUGGUUGGACUGGAAUAAAAGACUGAAAGUAGCCCUUGAUGCUGCCAGAGGUCUGUCGUAUUUGCAUGAACUUACCGAUCCUCCCAUCAUACACAGGGAUGUCAAAUCAACCAACAUCUUGCUGGACAAUAAUCUAAAUGCAAAAGUUGCUGAUUUUGGCCUGUCAAAACUCUUGGGUGAUACUGGCAAGGGUUACGUUACAACGCAAGUCAAAGGGACACUGGGAUACAUGGAUCCUGAAUACUACAUGACUCAACAGUUAACUGAGAAAAGUGAUGUAUAUAGCUUUGGAGUCGUACUACUAGAACUGAUGACUGCUAAAGCCCCGAUACAGCACGGAAAACACAUCGUAAGAUUAGUUCAGGAGGCAAUGGGAAAUACGAAAGAGGCUCAAAAUUUUGACCAGAUCAUUGAUCCAACCUUGGAGUCAGGAUCAAAGCUUGUCGGCCUGGGGAAGUUUGUUCACCUGGCAAUGAGCUGCGUGAGAGAAUCGGCUGCUGACAGACCAAAGAUGGGCGAGGUCGUGAGAGAGAUAGAGAACAUCAUAGAGUUGGUUGCUCUUGACAGAAAAACAGAGAAGAGGUUUGAUUCAUCCAGCUUUGAUGAAACAAUCGACGAGAGUCCGCUCCAUUCUUACGCCGCUGAGGGGUUUGAUGUAAGCUAUGGUUCGUUCCCUUUCCGUUUACAGCAUCAGUGAGGGAGUCCGACGCUCUAUUCACAGUCAGAGCAAUUGUUUCCGUCCACAGAACAGCCCGUUAAAAGAGGACGGAAGAUUGUCAGUUUCUUGAUCCUCUGUUUCUUAACAGGCCAGUAGGCUGUUUCAUUUGUUGAUCAUAGAAAGUGCAUGCAUACAUUAGGUAAAGAAUGUGAGUAAAUACUGUAAUGCUGUUGGCUGUGUCAAUUCAAUACAACUUCUUUAUUUUUUUCGAAAACAAACAAACAAUACUCAUAAUUCCCGUUUGGUUUCGUGUGAUUAGGCAUAAUAAGAUUACUUAUUAUACAUAAUCACCUUUUAUUGUAUAUCAAUACCAGUCUCAAUCCUGAUUUACGGGAUAGUAUAUCCCACUUCUUGGUGGGACAUUUUUC